AUGAACUUUGCAAAGAGGGUUUUGUUUCUUUUGAUGCGUUUUCCUGGACAUGAGCUGCGUUUUUGUUUUAUUGUAUUCAGUAGCUUUCUUUUGCUUAUUAAUAAAAAGCCUUUCGCAGAAACAGGUGCAAAUAUCGUAUCAGUUAUUAUCAUGUCGAAUUCAUCAAUCGAAGCUUUGGCAAUGGCUGGCGUAGAUUACAAUGAGUGGGGCAUGGAAUUCGAGGAAUGGGAACGUAUGGAGAUGGGUCCACCACCACCGCAUUUGUUCGCUGAAGAUUAUGAAGAAGAUGAAAGAGUUGAAGGGGGAGUUUCGAUGCUAACGAGCAUCGUAGAUGAGUUGUGUGGAGCAGUCGAAAACCAGUUGGAAGAUGUUUUUGAUGAUCAUGAUAUGAGUGAAGAUGGUGAAGAUGAAUUUCAAAUACCUUUACCGAAAUAUUAUAACAAAAUUGUGAAGGGUGGUGAUGAGGACUCAAUAUCUUCACCAUCGCCAAUUAUAGAUGUUGCUGGCACCCUGAUUAUGCUAAAUGGCUUGAAGCUGAUCAACGUGCCUUCCUCAUUCUCUACUCCUCAUUAUCUGAGAAAGCCAUGGCAGAUAUCCUCGGUCUCACAACAACACGUGAAGUUUGGCAAGAUCUUGAAGUUGCUUAUCACCAUGACUGUUAAGAGUGUAUGCAAACACUCAAAGACACCCUACGACAACUUCAAAAAGGAUCCUCAACAGUUUCUGAAUUUGGUCGAAAAUUCAAAGCCCUAUAUCACCAACUCUCUACAAUUGGUCAUCCAGUUGUUGAGUUUGACAAAACUCAUUGGUUCUUGUGUGGUCUCGGGCUUUCCUUUAAAACCUCCUCCACCACACAUUGAGAAAUCAAAUCGCGCCCAUCAUUUCGUGAGCUUCUUGCCCAACCUGAAAGCCAUGAGCUUUUUAUUACAACAAUACAUAGCUCAUCUCUUCUUAUUGUUGCUUUUAUAG